CCUAACCAAAUCCCAGCCCCAUACGUUUGCGUCCACUCGCUUAUCCCCGUCACUCUUUUCUCAACUGAGCAGCGCUCCUGUCACUCGUUUUGUAACCAACAAAGGUCUUCAUACGCCAUGGCUGUAUUGAAAACGCUACCCCUCCUUUAUCUGGCGCUGAGUGUGUUGUGUUCUGGAGUUCUCGCUGGAAAGAGCGGCCAUCUUGGAACGAGAGCACCCCUGAACCAGCGCGGUGUCGGAACAUGCCAUAUUGAAGGCUGGAUCCCUGCUUGUCCUGGUGCCUUCGCUUGCAUCCCGCCUGGAGGAGUCUGCUGCUCCGACGGCGCGUCCUACGCCUUGGGUCCCGAGACCUGUCCUGAGGGGACCACUCCUUUGCCCGCUCCCGGCUUUAGUCCUGGAUCUGGAGGUAAUCACGGUUCCGAUUCUGCUGGAGACGGCGCCGGCCCGGAGGCCCAUUCCCAUGAUGCUUCCGCCCCUUCCACCACCGCACCUCCGCAUCCCCACCCCGACCCCUUGGGCCCCGAUGUCGGCCCCGACUUCCUCGGUUUCGGCUCCAACUGGUACACUUUCUCCAUGACGUUUCAUUUCCUUAGCCACUGGUACUCGCUGGUCGACCACACCUCGUCGGUCCUCGUCUCCGGCGAGAUCCUGUCCUGCUCCACCGUGUCCGUCAGCGCUACCGACGCGGCCCAAGCCAGUGCCAUCUUUAACUCCAUCUCGGCUUCCGCUGCGUUGGCUGCUCCAACCGAGACUCAGACUCUGCUUCCUGUUCCCAAGGAAACUCAAGCGGCGCUGGCUCCUCCCGUCGAAACCCAGGCUCCCGCGGCGCCUCCUCCUCCGAUCGACGCGGUGGGUAGCCUUGCCCCUGUGAUUCCAGCUGUCUCUCCAACCCCGCCUGUGUCGCUAGCCCCGGCUGCUACCGGCGGUUGGAAACAGCCGACGAACGGAACCGUGGGGACCGCUAAACCGCUGCCGACCGCUGUGGUUACAGCCGGUGCCGCGAGGUUCCGGGAGCUCGGCGGAGCCGUGGUUGGUGUGGUGGCCUUCGCGUUGGGAAGAAUGGUUUUGCUGUGAGCUCGAAUGAAUGUUGGCAACCACCGGGGACUUCGGAGGACUGAAGUGUGUUUGUAAGAGCAAGGGCGGGAACUUCUAUAGGUACUUCGUACCUUACGGUGUGGAAUUCUGUGACCGCGCAAUCGACACAUUUAUCUUGUAAUUAUUACGUACUUCUUCCCGCUCUC